UGCAGAUAAAUAAUGUUUGUUUAGAAUUUGGAGAAAUUAAUAAUUUGGUCUAAUUAAUUGUUGAUGUUUAUUAAUUCAAAAUUUUAAUUGGUUUGCUCAUUUUAUCCCAAUAUUAAUUAUGCAUGCUUGAUAAUGAUUGGAGUAGACACUAGACAAUAAAUGGAGAUUCUGUUACUCUUUUAACUCCUAUUAUUUCUCUAACUUCAAAUAAAAGAAUAUCUUGCAUGGAUACUCAGCUUCUCAGUUCUAAACUUCUGCUACUGUAAUCCCUUCUCUUGAUUCUUCAUUAGAUCACACCAUACAUUGUGCAUUCAAAUUCCUAUAAAAGCUAUCAAUACAUUUGAAAUACCAAUCCAAAAUUUAGUUUUAUCAGAUGAAAAUUUAAAUGGCAUUAUAUGCCAUUACAAAAUACGAGUGUUCUUCCCUUUGAUAUUUUUUUCUCCAGGUUUUUCUUAAAUUGAUUUAUCAGUACUUUUCAGCAUCAAUGUUGUUCUGGCUUCUGCAAAAUUCAAGAGGGAAUAACAAAGUUUUAGCCAUGGCAGUGAAAUUCAAUUUCAGGAUUUUACGCCAGCUUAAAGUACUCUUGUGGGCGGCUUUCUUUAUCAUCAUUCUUGCAAUUUCCAUUUCCAUAAUGGCGUUACUGCUUUCGAUGAGUAAAGAAAUGAAAGAUCGUGUUUUAUUGGAAGCAGACAAAGUUCAUGAAAAUUCUUUUUCAAAGAUUCAAAUGACUGCCGCACUGUUAUACUAUCUAAAUUCAUCAGCAACAGAGUUAGCCAGAGCUUUAAGUUCAUAUCUGGAUGGCACUCAGCUAUCAUUUAGUGAAAUUGAAUCAAAGGUUGCACCUACAUUGUUUUUAGCACUUUCUGCAACUCGACAAGUAUCACAGAUUUCAUAUAUUGGACUAGAUGGUUUGAUGUUUUCAUUUUACGACGAUGAUGACAAAACUCUCGCGGUAUAUUCUAACAGUAGUUCAUAUUAUUCAUCCUGGUACACGAAACCAGUAAAUCGUGAUACCGGAAAACUAUUUGGCGAUGCAGUUGCCUGCAACUCCAUGAUAACAGCAAAUGAAAGUUGGAUAGAGAAGGCCAAGAAUAGCACAAAUGGGUACUCCUCAUUAGGUACUGCAUGGAAUAAGGAUCGAGAUAGUUUAUUUGUUAAUACUGCUCCAAUGGACGGAAGAGGUGUUAUAUCACUUGGAUAUCCGAAAACAAUAGUUACUAGUCAUUUCAAAGCACUUGAUUUUCAUGGAGGGUAUUUUUAUUUGGGUACAAUGCAUGACGGACAGAUGAUUAUGCAGACGAUGCCCCCUGACAUCCGAGUAAAUUUACACUAUGGCUCAGUUAUGGUGCAAGUUUUUAAUCCAAAUAGUCAAAUUACGGCUCAGGAAAAUCUAUCGUGGAUUUAUGAGGACGACGACAGAGAAUCAGGACUUCUUCGUCGAAAGAUUGUAGCAAACAAGUAUAUCGUUUAUUGCUCUGACAUUAACAUUGCUGGAGUUCCAUCAGUAUAUGUAAUGGUAUAUCAUAAAAAUGGGAUGGUGAAACUUGUGGAAAAGAACAUCAAAUUCUCAACCAUGCUACUGGCAGUAGUGUUUGUUUUCUUUUUUUGCUCUCUUUUAGUUUACAUUUACAUGACAAUAAAAGCAGCAAAAAGAGAAAUGUUUUUAUGUGCUGCAUUAAUAAAGCAAACAGAAGCAACUCAACAAGCAGAACGCAAGAGUAUGAAUAAAACUAAGGCCUACGCUGGUGCAAACCAUGACGUGCGUGGCUCUUUGGCUGCUAUUACUGGUUUGAUAGAGCUUUGUCAAGACGAAGUUAAACCAGGCUCUGAGUUAGCUACAAACUUAGAUCAAAUGCAAAAAUGUACGAGGGAUCUCCUAGAAAUAUUGAACUCGGUACUUGAUAUGAGCAAACUUGAAGCUGGAAAAACAUCACUUGAAAUAGAAGAAUUCAACCUGGCUCAACUGCUUGAAGAUGUAGUUGGAAUGUAUUAUCCUCUGGGUGUAAAGAAUGGUGUAGACAUUGUGCUUGAUCCGUGUGAUGCAUUGAAAUUACCUGACGUUAGGGGCGAUCGGUUAAAACUCAAACAGAUAUUAUGCAACUUACUGAGUAAUGCCAUAAAAUUCACAUCAGCUGGUCAUGUUUCAGUCCGUGCAAUGGUCAAGAAAAAGAACAUUGAAAAUGAAAUUAUUGCCUCUAGCACUACUUUUUUGAAGUUCUUUCCGUGGCUGCGUUGCUGGCAUAAGGACACGUGUACUGAUCUUGAUGCCUUUCAUACUGUUAAAGGAAAUCCGAGUGAAACAGAAUUCGAGUUUGAGGUGGACGAUACAGGCCAGGGAAUUCCCCGAGAUAAGCAAACAUCUAUUUUUGAAGACUAUGUUCAGGUGAAAGAAACAGCUAUUGGGCACGAAGGCUGUGGUUUGGGACUCGGCAUUGUUCAAUCUUUGGUACGCGUAAUGAAAGGAGAGUUAAAAAUUGUAGAAAAAGAGCCUGGAGAAAGAGGUACUUGCUUCAGGUUCAAUGUGUUUCUUUCGGUAAGCGAAUCUGAAUAUGCUAGUACUGAAGAAAAUCAACCCUCAGGAUUUCAUCAGCAUUUUCUGUUCAUCUCACCUAAACCAGAAGGAUCCCAUAUGAUAUUAUUUAUAACAGGCGACGAAAGGAGACGAGUUUUGAAGAAGUACAUUGAGAGCUUGAACAUAAAGGUGACCGUUAUUAAGCAUGAAACAUCAUUUUGUUCUGAGCUUGAUAUAAUAAAGCAUAGAAUGGACGUUUCUUAUCUAAAUUCAGGAAAACUAGAAUCGAGCUCGGUUGAUAACUUGAGUGCUUCUACAUCAAGUAAUCCAGACCCUGAAGCAAACAUUAAGGCUAUAAUCAUGAAAGAAGGAGUUGAUCCUAAUCUGCCACAGUAUAAAAAGACCAACUCGGAAAGCUCGUCGGGUAUCAUACUGUUUGUGAUUGAUUCCAAUGCUGCUAGCAGCUGCCCUGAAUUUGUCACUGCUCUUGCUAGCUUCAGGAAGGACAUUAUCAAAUCGGCGUGUAAAGUUUUGUGGUUAGAUGAUCAAGUCACGUGUCCGGAAAGAUCUCAGGAGCAGGACCAGCGGAUUUUAGAAGGUGAUUACGUUAUAUAUAAACCAUUUCAUGGCUCGCGUUUAAGUCAAGUUAUGUCACUACUUCCUGAAAGAAAAGGUGCUCCUCAAUGCACCUUGUCAAAGUAUAUGACAGGACCAUCAAUGCCAGAAGUCUGUACCUCCGUAGAUUUUUAUCUUUCCAAUGCAUCGAGCUCUCCAAGAUUCGACAUAGACCUCAGUGCACAUCAGCCCAGCUCGAUUCAGACGUCAAAGUAUAUGACUGGACCAUCAAUGCCAGAAGUCUGUACCUCCGUAGAUUUAAAUCUUUCCAAUGCGUCGAGCUCUUCAAGAUUCGACAUAAACCUCAGUGCACAUCAGCCCAGCUCGAUUCAAACGUCAAAGUAUAUGACUGGACCAUCAAUGCCAGAAGUCUGUACCUCCGUAGAUUUAAAUCUUUCCAAUGCGUCGAGCUCUUCAAGAUUCGACAUAGACCUCAGUGCACAUCAGCCCAGCUCGAUUCAGACGAUAGCAAUGAAUGAACCUGACGAAGAGAUACAGACAGAGAAGCCCUUGGAGGGAGAAAAAGUUCUAAUAGUGGAAGAUGUUGAGUUUAAACCUUUGAAGGGGAAGAAAGUUUUAGUUGUGGAAGAUGUUCAGUUGCUUCGUUUUCUAGUCACUGUAAGACUCUGUAAACUCGGAGCACAUGUUGAAACAUGCACGGACGGAGACCAGGCUGUAAAUCGUGUCUGCAAAGCGUUGAGUGAUAAAAAAACGGAAGGGGACUCGAAGUCUCUACCAUAUGAUUAUAUUUUCAUGGACUGCCAGAUGCCAGUAAUGAAUGGGUAUGAAGCAACAAGACUGAUAAGGAUAGAAGAAAAAUGUUAUGAUGUUCAUAUUCCAAUAAUUGCUUUAACAGCACAUGCAUUGACUGAGGAAGCAAGUAUGAGUAUUGAUGCUGGAAUGGAUUUUCAUUUGAAUAAACCUUUGGAUGUUGAUAAAUUAUUAGAUGUGAUUAAAUCUAUUGGUAAUUAGUGAGAGAUUCAUUUUUUUUUCUUUUAUGAAA